AUGGCGCAGAAAACCGUUCGCAGGAUCAGAGAGGCGGCGACGCUCGACUUUGACGAGUCCCGCCACGAGGAGGCCAGCGCCUGGUCGAAAUCGACCUCAUCCCGCUGCCGCCGUCCCGACGCACCUGGGGCUGGUUCAACUUUUUCGGUUCCUGGUCGCUUUGGCUUACUCUACCAUACUAGGUCUUCCCUGAAUGUGGCAACAUGGCAAACGCCCGACACCUUCUUGACCCAGGGGCUCUCGGUCGGUCAGGCCAUGGCCGUGAUCGUCGUCUCUCGGGCGCUGUGCUGCCUCUUCGCCAUCUUCGUCGCUUGGUGCGGUCUGACGUGGCACAUCGGCUUCACCGUGCAGAACAGAUACACCUGGGGGUUCCGCGCGAGCUACAUCCCGUCGCUGCAGCGCAUCCUGCUCAACUUUAUCUGGACAGCUCUCCAGUGUUGGAACGGAGGCAAGCUGGUGACGGUGUGCAUCACGGCCAUCUGGCCGUCCUUCGCCAAGAUACCCAACACUCUCGGCGCCGGCACCACAACGACCACCUACGAGAUGGUCGGCUUCAUCGUCUUUUGGGUCGUUUCUGUCCCGUUCCUCUUCAUACGGCCUGAAAAGUUCAAGAAGCCCUUCUUCGUGUCCUCCGUCGCGUGCGGUGUGGGCAUGGUCGCCCUGCUCAUCUGGUCACUGGCGGUCGCGGGAGGCGUUGAGCGUGUCGUCCAGCUCGCGGUGGAGCGCCUCAUCAUCGGCACUGUGUCGGUCUACUGGAUCACCGAGGUUCUCGUCUGUCUGGGGGGCCUGGUCACCACCGCGGCUUGCCAGAAGAUCUACGGGCACAUCUAUUGGAACCCGCCGGACUUGCUGAUGGUCAUGAUGGAUCACGGACAAGGUUCCCCGGCGUCUCGCGCCGCCGUCUUCUUCCUCGCCCUCGCCUUCGCCUUCACCUCCAUGUUCGAAAACGUCUGUUCCAACGCCGUCGCCGGCGGCAUCGAUCUCGCCGGACUCUUCCCCCGCUACAUCGACAUACGCCGCGGCGCGCUCAUCACCUUCUUCGCCGCGUGGAUCAUCCAGCCCUGGCAGCUGAUCAACCAGGCCGCCACCUUCGUCGCCGUGCUCAACUCGUUCGCUGUCUUCCUCGCGCCCAUCAUGGGCGUCAUGGUCUGCGACUACUUCGUCCUCCGCCGCCAGAGGAUCAAGCUGUCGCACCUCUUCCACCCGGAGGGCUCCGACUACUGGUACUGGCACGGCGUCAACUGGAGGGUGAUACCGUGCUGGAUCGCGGGCUGGCGCCCACCAUCGGCGGCCUGA